AUGGGCGGGUCGUCUUCUGGAGCUGGCGCAGGCGCGGGAGGGGGAGGAGGAGACGAUGACGACGUUGAUGAGGCUGAGCUGGAAGCGAUGAAGGCCCGCGUGGCCGAGAUGGAGGCUGAGGCAGCCAAGCUGCGCGAGAUGCAGGCCGAGGCCAACCACGGCCUGCCUGCUUCCUCGUCGUUUGACGAAGACGGCGUCGAUGGCAGCGGCGGCCAGGCCGGCGCUGGCGGCAUGGGCGCGACCGACGAGGAAAAGGAAGAGGUGGAUGCGAGGAGCGUGUAUGUGGGCAACGUCGAUUACGGAGCGACGCCAGAGGAGAUUCAGCAGCACUUUAGCAGCUGUGGGACCAUCAAUCGGGUCACGAUCCUGUGCGACAAGUUCACGGGCCAUCCCAAAGGAUAUGCAUACGUCGAGUUUGCGGAUCCCUCUCUGGUGGCGAACGCCAUGGUGAUGAACGAGAGCCUCUUCCGGGGAAGAUUAAUCAAGGUCACAGCAAAGAGGACAAAUCUGCCGGGCAUGGCCGCGAGGGGCCGCGGGCGUGGGAGGGGCAGGGGAAGGCCGUUCAGAGGGCGAGGAAGGGCAAGAGGGUACCGCGGAAGGUAUUGA